UGAUUUUCUUUUCUUUUUUUUUAAUUGGUAGAUUUAUUGAGUGGUGGAUCCAAAAUCUAAUCCAUUGCAGCUGUAUAUCACGUUGGAAGCUCAAAAACCCUUCAACUGAAAUAACCACCAAAUGUCCUCUUACACUGUACAACCCCUCUCUUCAAUCUCUCUCCCCUUCUAUCCACACUCCCUUUCUGCUGUCCAAACCCACCAGCAGUCCACAAAACCAGUUUACAAACACUCUCUUCAACCCAUAGUCUCCACUUCUCCAAAACCCAUUACCCAGUCCUUCUCUCAGGCCUCAUGGGUCGAGUCCCUUCGCUUUUGCACCCGCUCCAAUUUAUUCCUGGAAGCUGUUUCUAUGUACAUUGAAAUGAUUCUUUCGGGUGUUUCACCUGACUGCUCUGCCUUCCCUAUUGUUUUGAAGGCCGUGACUGGCCUUCAGGAUUUGAAUUUGGGAAAACAGAUUCAUGCGCAUGUUAUUAAAUAUGGAUAUGGGUCAUCUUCCGUGACCAUAGCUAAUACGCUUGUAAAUUUCUAUGGUAGGUGUGCAGAAUUGCACGAUGUGUAUAAGAUGUUUGAUAGAAUUACUGAAAGAGACCUAGUUUCUUGGAAUUCACUAAUUUCUGCACUCUGUCGUUCUGAAGAGUGGGAGUGUGCACUGGAGGUAUUUAGAUUCAUGUUGGCUGAGAAUCUGGAGCCAAGUUCAUUUACUUUGGUAAGUCUGGCACUCGCUUGCUCUAAGUUGCACAAGCGUGAGGGCUUGCGGCUUGGGAAGCAAGUUCACGGAUAUAGUUUUAGAAAAGGUCAUUGGAGAACGUUUACCAACAAUUCUUUGAUGACAAUGUAUGCAAAUCUAGGAAGAAUAGAUGAUGCAAAAAGUUUGUUUGACUUGUUUGAGGGUCGUGAUUUGGUUUCUUGGAAUACCAUCAUAAGUUCAUUUUCUCAAAAUGAUAGAUUUAUGGAAGCACUGGUUUUCUUGAGGCUAAUGGUUCCUGAAGGAAUUAAGCCUGAUGGGUUCACACUUGCAAGUGUUCUUCCUGCUUGCUCCUACUUGGAGAUGCUUGUUAGUGGGAAGGAAAUUCAUGCUUAUGCCUUGAGAAAUGGCAAUUUGAUUGAGAAUUCGUUCGUGGGUAGUGCUUUAGUUGACAUGUAUUGCAACUGUGGGGAGGUUGAAAGCGGUCGUCAAGUGUUUGAUGGUAUCUUGGAAAAAAAAAUUGGGAUCUGGAAUGCUAUGAUUGCUGGUUAUGCACAAAAUGAGCAUGAUGAGAAGGCAGUGACGCUUUUCCUAGAAAUGGAAGCUGUUGCUGGACUUUGUCCCAAUGCAACUACAAUGGCGAGUGUUGUGCCCGCUUGUGUACGCUGUGAAGCAUUUUCUAAAAAAGAAGGCAUACAUGGGCUUGUGAUAAAGAGGGGUUUGGAAAGAGAUAGAUAUGUGCAAAAUGCACUCAUGGAUAUGUACUCCAGGAUGGGGAACAUGGAGAUUUCAAAGACCAUAUUUAAGAGCAUGGAAUUUAGAGAUAUAGUUUCUUGGAACACAAUGAUCACUGGGUAUGUUAGUUCUGGAUGCUAUGAUGAUGCUCUUCUGCUGCUACGUGAGAUGCAACAAGCAGAUGAAGGAAACAACAUACAUGAUGAUAAGAAACAAGUCCAUUUUAAACCUAAUUCGAUAACCCUUAUGACUGUCCUUCCUGGUUGCGCCUCCCUAUCAGCGUUGGGAAAGGGGAAAGAGAUACAUGCAUAUGCCAUUAGAAAUUCAUUAGCAUCAGAAGUCACUGUAGGAAGCGCAUUAGUUGACAUGUAUGCAAAGUGUGGCUGCUUAAACUUAUCUAGGAGAGUAUUCGAUCAAAUGCCUGUUAGAAAUGUUAUUACUUGGAAUGUAAUUAUCAUGGCGUAUGGGAUGCAUGGAAAUGGGAAGGAGGCCUUAGAACUGUUCAAAGAUAUGGUGGCUGAGGGAAACAGUAGUGGAGAAGUAAAGCCUACUGAUGUUACUUUCAUAGCAAUUUUUGCUGCUUGUAGCCACUCAAGGAUGGUCGAUGAGGGCCUGCAUCUGUUCCAUAGAAUGAAAAAUGACCAUGGGAUUGAUCCUGGCCCAGAUCACUAUGCUUGUGUUGUGGAUUUACUUGGUAGAGCAGGCCAAGUGGAGCAAGCAUAUGAACUCAUCAACAUCAUGCCUUCUGGUUUUGACAAGGUAGGGGCCUGGAGUAGCUUGCUUGGAGCAUGUCGGAACCACCAAAAUAUAAAAAUAGGGGAAAUUGUUGCUCAAAACCUCCUACAGUUACAACCAAAUGUGGCCAGCCACUACGUUUUGCUGUCUAAUAUGUACUCAUCUGUCAGACUUUGGGACAAGGCAAUGGAUGUUAGAAGGAAGAUGAGUGAAAUGGGAGUAAAGAAAGAACCCGGCUAUAGUUGGAUUGAGUAUGGUGAUGAGAUACAUAAAUUUUUAGCUGGCGAUUUAUCACACCCACAGAGUGAAAGACUCCAUGAUUUUCUGGAGACCCUGUCGGAAAGGAUGAAAAAGGAGGGGUAUGUGCCUGAUACUUCUUGUGUACUUCACAAUGUUGAUGAGGAGGAGAAAGAAACUUUACUUUGUGGACACAGUGAGAAAUUGGCAAUAGCUUUUGGCAUACUAAACACUCCUCCUGGAACUACCAUUAGAGUUGCCAAGAAUCUUCGGGUGUGUAAUGACUGCCAUGCUGCGACUAAGUUUAUCUCCAAGUUGGUGGAUAGGGAGAUCGUCCUUAGAGAUGUCAGGAGGUUCCAUCACUUCAAGAAUGGUACCUGUUCUUGUGGGGAUUAUUGGUGAAAAUCAGCUUUUUCAUUAGGAAUCAGCUUUUUAUUUGAGGUUCCUCAUGCUGAUAUUUGUUGUGCACGUAAAAUUUAUUGUAUUUCUACAAUGAUUUUAGGUACAAGGUGUAAAGAAAAAUUAUACAACAAUCAAAAGUUGUAGUGUUCAAAUCUUGCUCAACACUUUCAUUCUCA